AUGAACUCCUACAAAGAGCAAUUUCAGAGAUCUCUCGAUGCUAAACAAGAUUGCACACUACGCAUCACAUAUCCAAUAUAUGCAAUAAGCAAUUUAUAUCAAACUACAAAACCCUCCGAUAUGUGGGAUGAUUUUAUUCUAAUAGAUAAUUUUCAACUUUAUGAUAUUCCACCGUCAUUUAGCAGAAUAAAGUUUGUUGAAGGUAUUGAACUUGAAGAUUGGUUGAUUGAAAAGCUUGCAAAGUCAAAUUUAAGAUCGAUUCAUAUUAACUCAUGGGUUGGUCACUCUCGCACCGAAAUGGGAUUACCAUCAAAUAUCAAGGAAAUCAUUAGCAGUUGUCAUCUACCAAAACCAUCAUUGUUUCCUCUUGAACUCGAGAGAUACGAAUUAAUAUCUUGGUAUACCAAAUUCUCUAUUAGUGUCGUAACGUCAGAGUUACCAAGAACACUUAGAGUAUUCAAAACAAGUUUACUUAGACACUUUAAUGCAGUUGACAUUGGCUCUUUUCCGCCGAAUCUUGAAGAGUUGCAUUUGUUCGCAGAGAAAGACCAGCCAUCUGAUGACACCACACAACUUCCAUCGACUUUGAAACACCUUUCGAUAUCAACAAGUUGGUUGAAAAACAUCUGUGAUCUCAAAUCAAUUGAAACACUUAAAUUGAUCUACCGGAAUGAUGUUUCACUAAGACAAGAUGACAUUCCAUCGUAUAUCACUCAUCUCACUUUAUGUAAUCAUGGUAUGGAGAAAUCAUUUACAAAGGAGCUCAUUCCCAAGAAUAUCAAAUAUUUGAAAUUGGAAUAUAAUAUUUUGUUUUAA